AAAAAGUUGAGCAAGGAAGACCCAAGGCAUAAAUCCUGGUUGAAGAAUAUCAACUUGCUUUGGCGAGAAAUUGCGAAUCAUAAGAACGGUACGAUGUUUAUGAAUCCAAUUAAGGAGUCCAUUGCUCCUCAAUAUUAUGAUAUUGUAAAGAAACCCAUGGAUUUGAAAACAAUAAAGAACCGAAUUAGGGAUGGAGUAAGUGCACUAUAA